AUGUCAAGCUCAAUGGAGAAAGCAAGCGUCAAAGCCAAAGAGGUUGCAAAGGAAGAUUUCGAUAAAGCAAGGGAGUUGGCACGCUCAGCAGCAGUUAGUGGAGCUUACCUCUACCCCAUUAAGGGAAUCUUCUACUUCAUCUCGCAUCGCACAUUAUGGAAACCGCUCUUGUCAAAACUCGUACCAACGCUUUCCCUAUCCGUCGUCGUCGUGGUUUUGAUGUUUAUGUUUACCUACCUACCACAACUUGCCAUUCUAAUCUUUACCGAUGGACCGCUCGCCGCCGUCUCCGCCGUCCUGCUGACUCUUUCUGAGUCCAACACAAUUGUCACCAUGCUCUCCAAGAAUUUCAUCAUUGCUGAUGCUCUCGUUGAUACAUUUGACGGGGUGAUGGUGGCGAAAGGUCAAACACAAGUUGUGCAAGGUGGACGAGAGAUCAAAUCCGGGAAAUUUGGUGAUCCAAUGAGAAAGUUGGGCAAAAUUGUGAAAGGAUAUGGUCAAAAGUAUAGUUUUGAGGGCCUGGUAAGAUAUCUGAUGUAUCUGCCAUUGAAUCUUAUUCCGGUUGUUGGUACGGCAGUUUUUAUAGGUCUGCAAGGACGACAGAAGGGUGAAGGGGUUCAUUCAAGAUAUUUUCAAUUAAAGGGGUGGUCUAGUGCCCAAAAAGAAGCAUGGUUAAAGGAACAUACUGCGGCAUAUACAUCAUUCGGAACUGUCGCAACUAUUCUUGAACUUGUACCUAUUGCAUCUAUUCUAUUCUCAUUCACAAACACAGUUGGUGCAGCGCUGUGGGCUGCCGAUAUCGAAGGUAAUGAUACGAAUAUGACUCAGAUCUCUUCGCCCCGGGCUCCAAAGGAAACUCAGAAAGCCGAGUAA